GCUGUGGAGCUCCCCAGAGAGCAGGGACCAUGGAGCAGCUGCCAGCCCUGAGCACCGUCCUCUGCACCGUCCUCCUCAUCCCCAACUGGGGAGCAGGUCUCACAGUGCUUCAGAGCCCCGAUGUCCUAGCGUACGUUGGCGAGACCGCUACGUUCGGCUGCUCCUUCGAGUAUAGAUGGGGCAGCGCGGUCAAUGUGAAGUGGACUAGAGCACCCGGGGUUGCGCUGGAAUCUCACCAUCCCUUCUACAGCGGACGGCUCAAUGUGUCCUUCCAGAAUCUGCUCCGGAAAAGGGAGGCCACGCUGACCCUGUCGGAGCUGCAGAAGAGGGACUCUGGUCUCUAUCGGUGCCACGUCACCAUCCACCACGAAGACAGCGGGACAGGAGCGGGCACUGAGCUGCAGGUGAUGGAGAGAAACCAGAUUGGCACAGGUCUCACAGUGCUUCAGAGCCCCGCUGUCCUCCGAGCGUCCCCCGGCGAGACCGUGAACCUCAGCUGCUCCUUCGAGAACAGACAGGGCAGCGUGGUCAAAGCGACGUGGACCAUAGCACCCGGGGUUGUGCUGGAAUCUGACCAUCCCUUCUACAGCGGACGGCUCAAUAUGUCCGACCUGGAUCUGCUCCGGAAAGGGGAGGCCACGCUGACCCUGUCGGAGGUGGAGGAGCGGGACUCUGGUCUCUAUCAGUGUCAGAUCAGCAUCCACCAGGGAGAGCGCGGGACAGGAGCGGGCACCGAGCUGCAGGUGAUGGGGAGAAACCAGAGUGACACAGGGUUUCCAGGGGGACGUGAGCUGUGUUGGGACUCGGGGCCCCUCUCUUACCGAGCCGUCAUCUCCCUGUCACUCGUCGUUCUCUUCUCCCUGGGAAUCAUCCUCCGCCUGCGGCCUUGGAGCGGUAAAGAAUCUGCCCCCGUAGGGUGCUGCGACCGGGAGCUCCUGUACCAGGUCGCCAUCGCCUUGGGGCUCCUUCUCAUCCUAGGCCUGGUGGCCACCGUCCUCCUGAAGAGACGCCGAGCGCCGCCCCCCUCGCAGCCCCGCCAGCGGCAGCCUAAGGGCCACGGCAGCCGGGGGGCCGAGGAGAGCGAGAGCCUGCACUAUGCAGAGAUUAAAAUCCAGACUCCAGGACGCAGGGAACACACCUCCAACCACGCCCAGUGGCGCUGAGUCCCUCCACACCCAGCACCACCUGAGUCCCUCACACUCACAGCCACGCCGCCAGGAGGGAAUUCCCCACAGGAGGAGACCCUCACAGGGUUUGAGGGAGAGCAGAAGACAAUUAUGGGCAUGAAAGUCCAUGUGAACCCCAACAAAACCCAACUAGCCCUCGCUACGGCAGGGAAUAAUCGACUAGGGCAUGCUCUGACCCUCAGGAAAUGCCUUUUCCAGGGCCUCCUGGAUAUUACUAUAUCACGUCCCUGUGUGUUAUUUCCCUGUCCUCUCUGGAGUGAUUGCAACGCCUCCCUGUGGAGCGUGACCAGCUGGGGGUAAUUAACGCAGCGUCUGGUCCCUCUUCCUAACUGAGCACGAAGAGAAACGCUCGCCCAGCUCAGCAUGGUGUGGGCGGUGGAACUGGUCUGAGCGACCAGUGUGAGUGCUCUAGCCGGCUGGACUUGCUCAAAGAAAGUGAUUUUUUUUGGUCUAAAAAUUAAAUAAUUUCUUUGUGAGAAAAAUUGUCUGUUUUCAGAGUUUUUUGAAAAAAUGUGUUUGGAGAAAAACUUUUGCUUUUCUCACUCACUUCCCUCUUCUCUUCAAUCCCCUUGUCGUGGUCCAAAAUCUUACAAUCAUUUCCGAAAAUUUGCUUUUCAGAAA